AUGACGAAACGAAAGCGCUCCGUCGCCGAGACAGUGCAGAUCAAACUAGACAAAUACCGGAUAGACAUCUUCAAAGCUCUGGGCUCGGCCAAGGUCCAUGAGCGGAAGCGCUUCAGCAUCAAGCUCCACGAGCCGGGCAUCACGGUUGCGAAGAAGACGAGGCUAGAGCGCGAAUAUGCCGUGCUAAAGGCCCUUGACCUGAAGCACACGGCGCGACACCACCUGCACACGAACCUUAUGCGAAUCAAGGCCGUCGAAACGUCACCAGACAUUCCACAGGAGCUCCGCGACCCCGUGCCCUGGCCAGCUCUUCCGCAGGAAGAAAUCACUCUCCGGAACAAUGUCAUAAGCAUUCUCUGCAAUGCGGCAUCCGUCAGACACGUCCUCGAUCGAGCAGUUGCUGACAUCUGCGAAACUCUGGGCGUGCCGGUUCCGACCAAGUCGAAGCGCGUGAGGAACAAGAGGAAAGAUACAGAGGAUCAGCCCGCGGAUAGGGAAGUAGAGGCAGUUAAUGAGGUUGAUGGAGAAAGCGCAAAGGCUCCAGCCAAGUCUGGAAAGAAGAAAGAGGCUGCGAAGGUGGAUGCGAAGGAGGAUGCCAAGGAGGAAGAUGCUGAGGAAUCCGAUUUCGAAGGCUUUGGUUCUGAUUCUAAUGGUGACGGAGACGCUGAUGAGCCUCGGCCGACGAUUGAGGAGCUUGACGAUUCAGACCAGGAAUCUGAAAUAUCAAAGUUUGCUAAUUUACUGGGCGGCUCCUCUGACGAAGACUCGGACGAGUUUGACGAGGAAUUACUGGCAAAAUAUAGAGGAACAGAAAAGGUCAAUCUCGACGACAUAUCGGUCUCUGGAUCAGGGUCCGAAGACGAAGACGACGACAAUGAAGGCGACGAUGAGGAGGAAGAACCAGAAUCUAUAACCGGCUCACGGUCACCCAAGGAGGAGAAGGAGAAGGAGAAGAAGAAGCGGGCAGCCAAGGCUGCGCUAAAGGCAGCUCGGCCGGGCGAUUCCACAUUUCUGCCCACCCUCAUGGGAGGCUACAUAUCGGGGUCCGAGUCCGCGUCCGACAUCGAGGCCCCGCGCAAGAAGCGCCGCGGCCAGCGGGCUCGCCAGGCCAUCUGGGAGAAGAAGUACGGCGCAAACGCAAGGCACCUUCAGAAGCAGGCUGCAAAGGGCGGCCGAGACGCCGGCUGGGACAUGAAGCGCGGAGCCGUGGGCCCAGAGGACCAGGGCCGCGGGAAGUGGAGGAAGGGCGGCCGCGGCUUGCCUGGGCGGCCCGCGGGGGGUGCUGCUGGUGGUGCCAGAGGCUAUUCACAGGGCCGAGGAAAUGAUCGUGAACAGGGCAGAGCUGCGCCUGCGCCUAGGCCGCCGACGAAGAAGGAUAAUGAAGGGCCGCUGCAUCCUAGUUGGGAGGCGAGGAAGAAGGCGAAGGAGGCGCAGAAGAAUGUUGCAUUUGCUGGCCAGAAAGUUGUGUUUGACUAG